ACGCAGUAGCCUAAUUAUUAUAGGCUAGUAUGUUGAAUAAACCACGACAUUUUUACCAACUAUGUUAAUCAGACGUCAAAUGUAGUCGUCUCGGGGUAGAAAUUGAAUCAUAGAGAAGCGUUUUCCAUCAAAACAUGUAAAGGGUUUUAAUCGAAAACUGGACGGACCGCUGUGCUGAACUACAAAUUUCCCUUUUGCAGCACGUGAAUGUAACUUUUGGCACGCGCUCAGCGGAGCUCAGAUAUGUCUAUCGGGCUGGAGGUGAGCAGUGAAUGAGUUGCGCUUGACUGUCGUCAAUAUGGGUCUCAAAGAUGGGACCAUCUGCCUUCUCAUGGUUGGUUCACUGGCAGUUGUGUGGCUACCCUCAGUUAUCGCAGAUGUGUGCAACUGGAGCCACAUACCUCCAUGCCCGUCAUCCUCAGGUGUUGCUGAUGAGUUAGACUGCUUCCGCCCUUUUGAUAAACACCAGGACUGGCGAUGUGUGUGGGAGGGAAGGAGGAACUACAACAGCUCUAUUUUCACAUUACUCAUUGAGCAGCCACCAUCAAGGAUUGCAGGGGCAACCUGCAAACCGUACCGCAUGACAAGGGCGUCAUACGUGAGCAUUGCGAAGCCACCACCGAAGCCUAAAGGCAACAUGAUGGCGUAUGUUGCUGGCAAGACUGACAGUGGAGAAGACUGCACCAUGGCAAACUUCACAGGAUCCCCAGCACACAUGAUUCGCUGCAGUGUUCUCGGUCAUGUAGAGCUGAAACGUGAGUUUGGACAGCUGCAUGUGAAUGCAUCCUGGGAUGUUGGAAGCGAUAUCACAAAGUACAUGGUAAACUACCGAGAGAAUGCCAUGGACAACUCUGGAAAUACAUUGUGGAUGAAGGAGGAGUCGCAAAACAGACACGUUCACGUUGUGAAGGGCCUCAACUCAUCUGUCUCCUAUCAAGUUCAAGUGCAGUGUGUUAGCACAUCGAAAUGCCCUCAGUGUGCUAAGAGCCAAGUCUUCAUUGUGCCCCAAGAGCUGUACAGAGAGCCCAUCAUUAAACACGUUGGCCUUGCACCUCACCAGGGACGAAGGAAAGUGACCAUAACAUGGGAGUCUCCAUCACCUGUGGGUGUGAGUGAGCAUCACGUGAGGGUGAAGAAGGCAUCGAAGGAGUUUGAUGAAACCUUCAAGACUGACGGUGGAGACUCGUCCAUCACUCUCCUGCUCUCCCAUUCUGCCUACGAAGUCUCCCUGCACUCCAGCAACAACGUCUCUCAGACCAACUCCACCCCGUCCUGGGCCAUCGCUGCAUCCCUACAAGAGAUGAAGUGCGAUGGAGCCUUCAGCGUGGCAUUCAUCAACAACGGCAGCUUCAGCCUCUCCUGGAGCGGUCUGCUUGCGGUGGACCACGAGUGCUACACACUGGAAUGGUUCCUCAAAGAGGACAACAGCACUGCCUGGUUCCAAUCCUUCUCCUCCUAUGAGAACCACACCACCAUCGACAUUGAGGAAGGUACACUCUCGGCCACAACUCUCUACCCCUACAAGAGAUAUGUCUUCCUCCUGCACGCGAAGCAGGACAAGGACGACACCUGCAACCUCAAGCAGAUCAACGCCAGUGAUAUCACCUGCGGAUGGGCCGAGGCGUAUCUACAGGAAGGAACCCCCAUCGCUGCUCCACACAACGUCAGCCAAUCAGCCGUGACUGACAGCACCGCGGUGGUCUCCUGGCAACCAGUCCCGGAGGAGGAGCUACGGGGCUUCCUGCGCGGCUAUGUCGUCCACAUCGUCCACAGCGAUGGCACUGCUUCCAAUGUGACGGUGGGCCCAGGUGUGCACAGAUGUGAGCUCUCGAACCUGAGGAGCCGGAGCAGCUACCAGGUGGAGGUGGCAGCCCUCACCUCCCAAGGAGAGGGGACGCGCAGUGUGCCACUGCACUUCGAAACCAGCUCACCAGACCUCAGCAGCUGGAUCGUGGCAGGCGUCAUCAUAGGCACAGUGCUGCUGCUGGUCGCAGUCAAUUUCUGCUUUCGCUUACUCAACAGGUUCAAGGCUGUGGUGUGGCCAAGCGUGCCCAACCCUGGCAACAGCAGUGUCAUGCAGAAAACAGACAGAGACUAUGAGCUGGAGGUGCUGGAGCCGGCGAGCAGUCUGAAGAUGUGUGAGGACUGGGACUCAGGACCGCUGUACAUACUGGACUACAGGAAGGAGGAAGUGAAGCAUGCAGCAGCGAGCCCCCUGCUGGCCAAACUGAGGCAUGACAACUCAGACCAGGAGGAGGAGGAGGAGGAUCAGAGGGAGGCAGGAGUGGAGACAUCGUCCACUAGGACACGGGAAGAGGGAUGUGUUCCUCCUCAGUCUACCUGUACAUGGGUGCAAAACACAGACCAGACUCUUCUAGACGGCACCGUAGAAACACCCUCGCGGAGGACAGACAAGGGCACACCCAUAUCCCCUACAACCACAGCCACUGGCACAUCCACAGGUGGCGUGACGAGGGGGUGUGACCCCAAACCUGCGGCGGGGGUGUUCAUGGGUGACUACACCACCAUGGAGCUGUUUCAGCAGGCCUCUGUGGCAUCCACACUGGCCGAGUGCCAGCCGUCGUGCCAGACAGGGAGCGCAGCGGUGGCAGCCUGGCCCUCCGCAGGGGCGUCUGUGUUAGACUACGUACACCAGUCCCACUUCACCAUAGCACCGUCACCAUCAUUACCAUCGUCACCAAUGGGUGAACAGGGCACAUAUGACACUGCCACCACCACCACCACUGUUUUUUAAGCUGACAGACACUUGAGUGUUUCCUUUUAUACUAUAAUAUACUAUUAUUUUAAGAUGCCAGGAAGGACAAUACAAUUGAAGUUCACUGUUGUGACGGUAUCUCAAACUUGCACUCUGUCUUAGGUUACAAUAUAGAUGGAUGUAAUGUAAUGUACAGUGGUUCUCAACCUUUUUUGAACAAACGCCUUGACCUCAUCCUAAGCCUCCCAAUGCCCCCUUGACCUCAUGACAAGGCUGUCAACACCCCCUUAGUAUUGAAGAAUUAAAUGAACUAAUGCCCCCAAUGACAACUAGGCACUGUCCCCUUUUCAACUGUAUCCUUCUCAACGCCCCCCCUGGGGCUCCUCAAAGCCCCUUGGGAGGCUGUAGCACCCCCGUUGAGAAAAACUAGGUUACAUGUAUGCUGCCCACAGAUGCAUCAUGCAUCAGAUCUCCAAAGUGACCUUUCUCACCCACUCUACCUAAAUGAGUAAGAGAGAGCCUUUGCCCCUUUCCUCUAUCUGGCUAGGGAUGUGGGGAAUGCACAGAUGUCAGAUAUUGUACAUACCACAACAAAACCUUUCGAGUAAAAUGCCAAGUAACUUUCCAGUGAAAUUGACUUUCAUGUCAUGUGAAAGACGGAAACCCAACAUGAUAUCAAAUUGGAUUCAUUUAGCACAGUCAACUUCUGCCACUGUAUUGUUUUAUGGCGUGUGAAAGACGGAAACCCAACAUGAUAUCAAAGUGGAUUAAUUUAGCAAAAUCAACUGCUGCCACUGUAUAGGUAAAGCUAACUGCUGUAUUUGGUUUUAUAAUUAUUUAUUUAUUUUAAAUGCCAUACUACAGGAUGCCACACAUCCCAUGAUGCAGCACUGUUCCACACCAAGGAUUUAAGGAUAUUUAUUUGUCAUAUACUGUACAUAGAGACACUUUCGUGUCACUUGUACUGAAAUGUAUGGCCGGUGCAAAAGAAGUGUGCAGAAGAAAAGGUGUGUGUGUGUGUGUGUUCAAUCAAAUUAAUUAGUUGGAAUUAAGUAAGCAAAUGGCAUGACGAAAGAAGCUCCUUCUCAGUCUCUGUUCUAGCUCUGACAGCACAGACUGUGCAGCAAUGCGCCGUCACAGACGCGGACAAUGCCUCAUUCACAUGUGUAGUAGGGCACCACCAUGUAGGAAAGAAAACAGUGUGCCCUGUGACGAACUAGGCCACCUCUUCACCAUCCAAGCCAGUUGUGACGAACCUUACUUCUAAACAGGGCCGUGAAAAGGACAGACCACAAUGUGACUAAUUUCAGAUUGAAGAGGUGACAGACAUUUUGAAUACUUCGAAGCAAAGAGCAACACCACCUGAGGAAGUGAUUUGUUAUCACUGAUAACAUCACUGCCUGCUAAACUGCACCCUGCAGAGUUUACAAGUAGGGCAUUUCAGACCCAGUUCAAGUGUAGUGUAGUGAUGAGUGAGGCAUUUCAGACAGCAGAGAAGGGCAUGUCAGACGCAACUCGUGUGUACCACCACACCUGUGGGGGGAAGUCCCCGACAGUGUGAACGACACACGCCAACCCUUACCACAAACACCCCUGCAUCUCACGAAGGGCUAACGGAAACACAUGCCACACGUUCAGACUUUCUGCAUGUACUACAUUUCACACAUCAGUCAUUCAUUCAUUCAGAAUUUCUGCAUUUUUAUUUUUGUUUUUCUUAAAUUCUUGCUGAAACCUGUGUUGUCCUUCAAAGUAAAAGAACUGGUAAUGUUGCCUAGAUAGUUUAUUUUUUAUUUUAUUUAUUUUUUUAGAAAUACAGACAGCAAUUCUACAGAAAAAAAUGUCAGCAAACAUUUCAGUUUAUUUGUCAUUCCAAUCCUGUUAUUUUAAAGGAUCAGUCUCCACCAUUUCUGGAAAUGUGCCAUUUCCCACCUCCACGGAUUAAAUAAUUAAGUUUCACCUUCCUCCGGUUCUUCCAGCCCUUCUCUGAACCUGGUGAUAUUACUCACUACUUUCAAGCUAGAAUGCAUCAUUGCUGCUACCACUCGGUUCAAUGGUACACGCUUGCUUUGAGGUACAAGUUGCGUCACCAAAAUCAGAGAACAUCUGUAAGAACAGGAGAAAGAUAAAACUCCAUUAUUUAACUCAAGGUCAGGUGGGAAAUGGCACAUUUACAAAUAUCAAACCAGGGCGGUUACCAAGUGUUAAAAGAAGUAAUUUCCAAAUUCAGUCUUCAAAUGGCAAGUUAUGUGAUGGGGGAUGUCUGUUUGAGAAGGGGAUGAUUUUGGCCAUUUUGUACUUCAUCAACCCCCCCACAACGUACUUGUCAUGUCCAUACGUCACCCAAUGAUAGCAGAGGCAUAACCUGCUCUCACGCUGCACAGUUCCACUGACCUCUAAAGCACCCAUCAAGGUCAUGAUGAUCGAUCUCAUUGUUUAGAAAUCACAGCCUAUAGUACAGUCAAGGUCUGCUAAAGAGGCUUCGCUUAAAAAGUCUGGGGCUCUCUGAAAAAAAAAGGAUAAUCUUACGCCUCAAACCACACCACAAUACUGGAGAGAACAUCACAAUUUAGCACAGGAAAUAGCUUAGAGAAAACCUUAAAAAAAACUUUAGGUGACGAGGGGCAAGAGCAACCCCCGCAGUAAAAAUCUGAGGGGAAAAAAAACAAA